UCUCACUGGAUUACAGUACACAAACGGCUUAAAUUCUCAUUCUCUUUUCGUCCUCUUUCCGAAACCAGAUUUCCCAGAUCUGGAAGAGUGUAGUUUCCGUUAGCCAGGCGCUUUCAUUACCUUCCUUUGCGUGGUUUUGAAGCAUUUUCAUGUCCUCACUUUUUUAAUUUUUAAUUUUAUUUUUAAAAAAAAAAAUUUGCAUCGGUCGGUGAGAGAGUUCUUGCUUUCAAUCGGCUAUAUAUAUAAGCCCUAGAUCUUGAAGGUUUUCUUAUUAGGGUUUUUGAGAUCAGAGAAAGGAAGAGAAGAGAGCUUCCUUUUCUCUUUCUUCGGUUUUCGAGGUUCUUCUCGAAGCUCUCUCUGUCAGGUUGCUAGUAGGAGAAGAAUCUGAACAAUGGCUUCCAAUGGUGAGCAGAAUUCAGCAACGAAGCCACCUCCGACCCCGUCUCCCUUGAGAAAUUCCAAAUUUUUUCAGGCCAAUAUGCGGAUUUUGAUUUCUGGGGGUGCUGGAUUCAUUGGCUCUCAUCUAGUGGAUAAGUUGAUGGAAAAUGAAAAAAAUGAGGUGAUUGUUGCUGACAAUUUUUUCACUGGUUCAAAAGAAAACCUCAGGAAAUGGAUCGGACACCCAAGAUUUGAGCUUAUCCGUCACGAUGUGACAGAACCAUUGUUGAUUGAGGUUGAUCAGAUAUAUCAUUUAGCUUGCCCAGCUUCUCCAAUCUUCUACAAAUACAAUCCUGUUAAGACAAUAAAGACAAAUGUAAUUGGCACACUAAAUAUGUUGGGUCUUGCAAAGCGAGUUGGAGCGAGGAUUUUGCUGACAUCUACUUCAGAGGUGUAUGGCGAUCCUCUUGAACAUCCCCAAAAGGAGGAGUAUUGGGGAAAUGUUAACCCAAUUGGAGUUAGGAGUUGCUAUGAUGAAGGGAAGCGUGUAGCAGAGACUCUGAUGUUUGAUUAUCACAGGCAACAUGGCAUAGAAAUCCGCAUUGCUAGGAUUUUCAAUACUUACGGGCCACGCAUGAAUAUUGAUGAUGGGAGAGUUGUCAGCAAUUUCAUAGCUCAAGCACUUCGGGGUGAAUCCUUGACGGUCCAAGCUCCAGGAACACAAACCCGAAGUUUCUGUUAUGUUUCUGACAUGGUUGAUGGCCUUAUCAAACUAAUGGGAGGAGAUAACACCGGCCCGAUUAACAUUGGGAACCCAGGUGAAUUCACAAUGAUGGAGCUUGCUGAAACCGUUAAGGAGUUAAUCGAUCCCACCGUUACAAUCAAGGUUGUGGAUAACACGCCAGACGAUCCACGCCAGAGGAAGCCCGACAUCACGAAAGCCAAGGAAUUGUUAGGGUGGGAGCCCACGGUCACUUUGCGAGAGGGCCUACCGCUUAUGGAAAAUGACUUCAGGGAGCGACUUGGAGUCCCCAAGAAGUGAGGAUUGCUGCUGCCUGGCUGGAUUUUCUACACAUAGGAGAAGUUCGAAAUUUUGCAGAGUUGCAGUCAGGUCCCGACAUGUUUAUGCUACCAUGUGUGUUUCCUUCUUUUAUAUAUAAGCAUACACUUAUAAUAAGGAAAAGGUGAAAAUGUGGCAAUGCCAUACAUGCGUCAGCGUUCCAUGUGGAGACUGUUAAAUGGGGCUCCAUAAAAGGGACCCACGUUAGCCUUUGCGCAUUCAAUGGCUGCAAGGUAGCUUGCUGCCUGUAUGGCCCACCGCAUUUCGCCUGCCCCUUAUAAUAAAUGUGGUGGUGGUGAUGGUGUUUAUGGGUUUAUUGGAACGUUGGAGGAUUGUUUUUGCUGAGAUCUUGCCUUUGGAUGCUUGUUGUUUCAGGGGAUGAUUGCUAUCAUACCCCUUUUUAUUUAAAUGAAAUGGAUGUGUCGGGUUUCUUCAA